GCUGCCCUACCAACACCUUGGUUCUGACGACAACUACAUAAAACUGGUUCCUCACAGUCAGCAUGACCGCCACCACCGUAGCUUCGUCGUCUCAGUAUUUGGCAUUGGCCGAAAAGGCUCGGGCUUUCCUUUCGGCAUCGACUGAUCCGUUUCACGCCGUCGCCAACGCAGUGGCCAAACUUGAAUCCGCCGGGUUUCAAAAGGUUCGUUACGGCAGGAACGCGCUCGCCUCGAACACCGACAACAGACCGAAAUUUGCUCCUGGUGGAAAGUACUACUAUACCGUACACCAUUCAACGCUUGUAGCCUUCACCAUUGGACAGCAGUAUACUCAAGGUACCGGUGCUAGACAAGCUCAUCCCGCCUUUCACGUGAUCGGGGGACACACUGACUCGCCCAACCUCAAAGUUAAACCACGAUCGCAAAAACCGUCUAAAGGUACCACGUCCGUCGUCCAGCUUGGUGUCGAAUGCUACGGCGGUGGUUUGUGGCAUACCUGGUUUGACCGAGAUCUGAGUAUUUCGGGAAAGGUCUUGGUGCGAGAAACGGCUACCGCAGCAUCCAACGGAGCAGGACAAGGAUCCGUUGUUCAACCGACAUUAGUCAAGUUGGAGGAUCCGAUAGCACGAGUCUCAACCCUCUGUAUACACUUACAAUCCGCCGAAGAACGUCGAGCUUUUGCGGUCAACAAGGAAGAGCAUACAUCGCCCACUAUUGCGAGCACCGUCCAAAACAUGAUGGAACCAAACGAGCAACUGGAACAAGGUGCUGCCGUUCAACUCAACGGUUCUACAGGGACUGAUUCUUGGCAAAAAGGACAAGAACCGUUGUUGCUACAACGUAUUGCCAAGGAGCUCAACAUUGAAGUCAGUCAGAUUGCGGAUUGGGAACUUAGCCUCUACGAUACUCAACCUGCCGCAAUCGGGGGUAUGCACGGAGAAUUUCUCUACAGUGCGCGACUGGACAAUCUUGCUACCGUCUUUUGCGCAGUGGAAGCAUUGACUUCUCAUAGUCUGGACUUGUCGACCAGCCAAGAUGUAGACAUGAUUGUGUGCUUUGAUCAUGAAGAAGUCGGGAGCGUUUCAUCGCAUGGUGCCGGUUCUCCGGUCAUGUUGGAAGCUAUGGACCGCGUUCGUGAUGGUCUUGGCAUAUCACCAGACCCUGCUCUCCAUGCUACAUCCAUUGCCAGCUCGUUCUGUCUUUCUAUUGACCAGGCACACGCAAUUCAUCCCAAUUAUGCAUCGAAACACGAAGCCCAACACGCGCCUGUGUUGAAUGGGGGGGUGGUCAUCAAGACCAAUUCCAACCAGCGAUACGCUACCAACGGUACCACCUCCUUUUUAUUACGGGAAUUGGCAAAAUCUUGCGACGUGCCCAUUCAAGAAUUUGCCGUGCGGAACGAUUGUCCAUGUGGCAGCACAAUUGGACCAACCAUUUCAGCGCUGACUGGAUUGCGCGUGGUGGACGCCGGGAUGCCUCAGCUUUCCAUGCACAGUUGUCGCGAAAUGAUGGGUACGAAGGAUUUGACGCAUGGAGUAAAUCUGUUUCGGGCAUUUUUCGGUAACUUUCGCAAAAUCGAU